GUUUGCGCAAAACAGAUGCUGCGUCGCAGUUGUUGUUGACGUGACGUAACAACCGGCGACGCAACAACAUGAAAUCGAAUUUAUUUAUGGCUCGGAAGUCAAUUGAUUUUAAUUGCAGCCGCCGUAUAAGGUGAAUUUCGAUGGUUAUUAGCCCGAAGUGAUGUGCUGGCGACAAAUCGAUAACAGCGCAUGCACUGAGCAUGCGAUCACUUGGAUUUGGGAGUGCGACACGUGUGUAGGGUGACUGGAGUACUCUCGAACCGAACCACCCACCUGUGCGUUCUACGGGCGAUUGUUCGUAUGUGACUUUCAAACCAGCGAAGCCAGUGUGAUAGGCUGCAUUGUAAAUUCGCAAUUAUCUAACAGCGAUUUCUGUGUAAAUACAAUUCGGGCACUUUGAAGUGAUAAUUUCGGAUUCGCAUCGCGAAGAGAUUAGAUUUGAGCACCCGACGACGACGGCGACCAUGGCCUGAUAGACCAGAUUGCCCGUGAAUCUAGGCAAUAUAUUAAGCUUCACCUGUCUCAGAUGUAAAAAAGCCCAGCUAACGGCAUCCCGUUCGAGCGCUUCACGUAAGAGUUGCGUAGUGCACGUUACGUCAGUGACCGUUACGAAAUUUUGAAAAUGAAGGAGUGGCUAAAGAUCUCCUGCCUCCUCUGCGUCUUCGGCUGCAUCCGCGAGAUCCGUCCGUCGGAGCCCUACGUCACGGAGUACCUGUUGGGUCCCUGGCGGAAUAUCACGGAGCAGCAGCUAACGCACGAUGUUUACCCAGUGGGCACCUAUUCCUACCUGGUGCAGUUGGUCUUUGUCUUCCUGAUAACAGAUUUUCUCAGAUACAAGCCGCUGAUAAUCACUAUUGGAGCCACAGGUGUGAUAAUAUGGAGCAUGCUCAUCUGGACCACCAGCGUGCUGUCGCUGCAGAUCCUAGAGUUCUUCUACGGCACCUAUAUGGCCGCUGAGGUGGCCUACUAUACGUACAUCUAUGCCAAGGUGGACAAGAAGUACUAUCCCAAAGUGACCUCACACACCAGAGCGGCCAUGUUUGCAGGCAAACUGCUUUCCGGCAUCACCUCGCAACUGAUGCUCAAUCUGGAGUUGAUGAACUACAAGCAGCUAAACUACAUAACGCUGGGCACUCAGAUUAUUGCCAUGCUUUGGGCCUUUUGCCUGCCCGGCGUGGACAGGAGUCUUUACUUCCAUCGCGAGCAGCUGGCCAUUACGGAGCCGCAGACCCAACUGCCCGGAGAGGGAAACCUGGAAGUGGUGGAUCGGCAACAGGAGAGUACUCCGAAGCAGCCUAGGGCUCUGGGCCUUCUGUGGCUUCACUUCCGCAACGCAUACACCAAUCCGCGAGUCGUUCAGUGGAGUCUGUGGUACGCCAUCGGACUGGCUGGUUACCUGCAGGUCACUUACUACGUUCAGGUUCUGUGGAAAGUGAUCGAACCGGAACCUCUGAUUGCGUGGAACGGCGCCGUUGACGCUGUCCUCACAGCUCUGGCUGCUCUGUGUGCCUUGUCUGCAGGCUAUCUGCACACUGGAAGGCUCAGACCGCGAACAUCUCUUCUGAUUCUGGCCCUUUUGUCUGCCGUGGAGGGCGGAUGUGUGCUGAUCUGUUGCUGGACACACGACAUCUACUGGUCGUAUGCGGGAUUCGUGCUUUUCGGAGCCCUUUACGGCUUUACUAUCACGGUGGCGAGUGCUGAGGUGGCUAGAAAUCUGGAGGAGGAAAGCUUCGGACUGGUCUUUGGCGUGAACACCUUUGUGGCCCUCAUUUUCCAGUCGCUGUUAACCAUGAUCUUUGUCACGGACACUGGCUUUGAGCUCGAUCCCGUUGGCCAGUACACGGCGUAUGCGUUUUACUUUAUUGGCGCAGCCGUCUUGUAUCUGAUAUCCGUGCUCAUUGAGUACUUUAUGUGCCGCGACACUGACGUUGAAAAGCUGGAAAAUUCUCUGGAUUGAAUCCCGAUGCAUUUAGGCAGUACUUAAAGUCCCAUGUUGGCAAACACAACUCGUUACUUAGAGAAAGACUUGUUCCUAUGCGUGAUGUACAUUAAGAUGGUAUUCGUGCGAUGGUCGAUUGUAUUCCCAGAAUAUUUAAGUCAUCCUUUUAUCAGCAACCUGUUAACGAUUCUUAGUAUUUAGUGGAGAUUUCCAUUUAUAGAGCGCACAAUCAGUCUCAAGUGUGCAGGAAUAAAGAUACCGAGCUUUUAUAGAA